GCGGGAGACCCCCACGAGCCCUAGCCGGUGUUCUUCGUGCCCCGCCAUGGGCGACGCGCAUCAGUUCAACAACAUCCUCCUCGGAGGCCGCGGUGGAGCGAAUCCCGGGCAGCUCAAGAUCAGCUCCAAAGGCUUCUCGUGGCGGAAAUCCGGCGGAGGCAAAGUGGUAGAUGUGGCCAAGGACGAUGUCAAGAGCGUGAGUUGGACGAGGGUUUCUAGGAGCUACCAGAUGAGCAUUAGGCUCAAGGCCGGCUCCAAUGUGAAGUUUACUGGGUUUCGCGAGCAGGACGUUUCUAGCUUGAACACCUUCAUAACCUCGAAUAUUGGAGUUACUCCUCAGGAUAAGCCUUUGGCUGUGAGUGGACGUAACUGGGGAGAAGCUGAACUGGAAGGAAACACUCUAUCGUUCGUCGUCGGAGGAAAGCCGGCGUUUGAGAUAUGCGUUGCCGAUAUCUCCAACACACAAGUGCAGGGAAAGAAUGACGUUCAGAUGGAGUUUCAUGUGGAUGACACAGCCAAUGAGAAAGACACUUUGAUGGAGAUGAGUUUUCACGUUCCAAGUACUAAUACCACGUUUGUUGGUGACGAGGAACGUGUAUCUGCGCAGGUCUUUUGCGAUAAGAUUCUUUCGAUGGCGGAUGUUGGUCCAGCUGGUGGAGAAGCCGUCGCAGCAUUUGAAACUGUCAAUGUUCUCACUCCAAGGGGUCGAUACCUCGUGGAGCUGCACUUGUCAUUCUUGCGGCUUUUCGGAGCAAGUGACUUCAAGAUCCAAUACACCAGUGUUGCUCGUCUCUUUGUUCUUCCAAGGUCUGCUCAAUCUUCCACAUAUGUUGUGAUUACACUGGACCCUCCCAUCCGCAAAGGUCAGACGUUCUAUCCGCACAUAGUUUUUCAGUAUCCGUCUGAGGAGAUAACGGAGCUUACGCCCUUGAUCAGUGACGAGCUGUUAAAUACCAAGUAUAAAGACAGGCUGGCACCUCAAUAUAAGGGGCUGUCAUAUGAAGUUUUUGUGGAGAUUCUGAGGGGACUUUCGGGCGCUGGAAUCACUAAACCUGGUACCAAGUUCCGCAGUAGUCAAGAAGGCUACGCAGUUCGGGCAGCCUUGAAAGCGGAAGAAGGCCUUCUUUAUCCUCUGGAGAAGAGCUUUUUCUUUUUGCCUAAGCCACCGACACUUAUAGUUUAUGAAGAAAUAGAUUACGUGGAGUUUGAAAGACAUGGAGCCGCAGGAACGAGCAGUAUGUCAUCCAAGAACUUUGAUUUGAUAUUACGUUUAAAAACUGAUCAAGAGCAUCUGUUUCGUAACAUCUCGCGAAACGAAUAUCACAGUCUUUUCAAAUUUAUCAGUGAGAAGGGCUUGAAAAUUUUGAACUUCCAAACACAAGGAUCAAGUGCUGUUGCGGAGGCGCUUCAAGGUUCUGAUGACGAAGGUGUCGAUCCGCAUCUUGAACGGAUAAGAAUAGCGCGUGCAACGGGAGACGAGGGAGAUAGUGACGAAGAGGACGAAGACUUUGUCGCCGAUAAGGAUGAUGAAGGAUCUCCGACAGAUGAUUCCGGUGAAGAGGAAGAACCCGAUGCAAGUGACAGUGGUGGGGAGCAGCAAGAUGAGAGACCUGUCAAAAAGGAUAAGAAGAAAGUCGAAGCGUCUCAAAAGCCAGCAGCGAGCAAAAAGAAAAAGAAAGAUGAAGAAGGUGACGGGGACAAGAAGAAGAAGAGACGAAAAAAGGAUCCUAACGCUCCUAAAAGAGCGCUUAGUGGCUUCAUGUACUUUUCACUGGCAGAGAGAGAGAAUCUAAAGAAAAGCACACCAGGGAUUUCUUUCAAGGAUGUGGCGAAAACGCUUGGCGAGCGUUGGAAGGCGAUGAGCAAGGAUGAGAAAGAGCCAUUCGAAUCUCAGGCUCGUGUUGACAAGGAACGGUACACCAAGCAAAUGCAGGGGUACAACAAGGGUAACGCUGGUGGCUCGACUGCCGAUGACGAAAGCUCCGACUGACCGAUAUGCCCGAGGAUUAUCAAGGUUUUGUAUUUCUGCACCAUUUUGUAGCGAGAAAGCUUAAUUCUGUGCCGACUUAGCUGUUGUGCCGAACAGUAAAUGUGGCAGGAUAUUUGCUAGGAAAUAUGAAAAGAGAAGCGCUCCAGUUGCCAAAAAUCCUA